UCAUUUUAAACUUUCAUUUUAGAAGGUAUGUUAAAGACUUUGAGAGCAAAACAAAAAGGUCUUGCUGUCAGUAAACCCUUCAUUUUUCGGUGGAUGUGAUAUUUAAGAGACAAGCAUGAGUUCAAACAAUGUUCCUUCUAAAAUGGAGGUGAUGGGAUGGAAUCCCCGAAGUCUAGCUGACUACAUGAGGAGGCUUAAGUUAUCAGGCAGUGACAGAGUAGUGAUGAAGGGCAGCAUAACUGGAGCACAGUUCAUGCAAAUGACGGAGUGUGACCUUCAAGUGUUCCCCAGCCUUUUUAUCCCAAUAAUUACAAAGAUCCAAAAUGAAAUCAACAUGGGGGAGCAGAAGAGGGCCUUUGGUAAUAAAUCAAAGGUACAAAAGCAUCCAAAGCAAGUAUUUGUACAAGAGGAGGAAGAUUGGAACUCAGAUGAGUUUGACAGUGACAGUGAUCAUGACUAUGAGGGGCCACACCAGGAGGAAGGGGAAGGCAGCUACAUCUGUCCUCUGACCGAGGGACAAGACAGUGACGAGACCAAUGACGAGAACUACAGGCAGCCUUUCACUGCAGAGAUAGUGAAGCCACCUCGACACCUAAAGGUGGCUCAACCUCCGGACGUUCACCACAGAGAUCCUGUCCAUGCUCCGGCCCCUGUUGAAAGGACCUCAAAACCUCCAAAUCUACCAAGACUGAACCAUAUUGGUCCGAGACCUUUCAAAGCACCAGCCAAUGAACCCAAUCUGCAUAUUGACAGGAGCAAGAAGCCUGGACAACCUGCUCCAUCUCAGAAAGACAUUAGAAAACCAAAGGGCGGCACUAUCAAGGCUCUAGGCUCAUUCACCACCAAGCCUGCUAAACCGAGAACCCCCAAACCUCCAGAUGUGUGCAGCAGACCAGCUCCUCCAGUGCCAACAGCACCUGCUAUACCGGGACCAAGAAAGGGUUUGGAUCCCAGCUGGUACGGAGGAAGGUUGACCAGAUAUGAAGCUGACAUGGCCCUCAAAGAGAUGAACGAGGAUGGGACAUUCUUGGUGAGGGACAGCUCAAACGGCUCAGAAGAACACCCCUACACCCUGAUGCUACUGAAACAAGGCAGGGUUUACAACAUUAAGAUCCGUAACCAAGGCAACUCCUACUCCCUCGGCAAUGGCCUCAACAACAAGAGUUUCCCUGGAGUGAAGGAGAUGAUUAACCAUCACACACACACCCCGUUGCUGCUCAUCGAUGCCACAGACCCGAGCUCUGAAGCGCAGAGCCAGUGUUGCCUGCUGCACCCUGCGGGACUCUGACCAGCACCGGCACCAAGCUUAAUGUGGGUGUUUGCGUCUUUCGUGGGCACGGAUACACGAGGCUUGUUCGGAGGCCUGCAAUUCCUGUUUUUAGUAACUUGUACUUUUAGUGAACAGAAUUAGAGAAUAAGGAUGAUUUUUACUUGGCUGGAGGUUUGUAUAUUUGAUUAAACUAUGUUUU